ACUGUGUGCAGUUUGACCAACUGGAAAGAGACCAAGCUCCCGCCCUGCAACCCUGGCGUGGCUCGACUGCGCCCCAGCGAAUAUGUCUUCUGAAGACCUGCCUCGCUUCAGCCUCAUCCGAGAAUACUUCUCGGAUGAGGAAUGGAGCGCCAUGUCAUUCUACGUGAAGUCAAGGAUGACCAAUCUCAAGGAAAACUACGAUCUUCUCCUAGGAAUGGGCUGCACUCCACCGGUGCCCGACUUCAUCAAGCCGAAGCCCUCAUCAAGACCUGGAUCGGCAGGGACAAAGCAGGCCUCGACCACUGCCGCCGCAGGAUCAUCCGGGAAAGAGAACAGGCCCCCCAGGUCAGUUGGGUGA